GUGAAUUUUCACAUUCCCGCCAUUACUCCAACAACAACAUAACGCUGGGCCGUCACCGCCGCAUGCCGGUAAAAUUUAGUCCAGGUUACAUAGCGAGAUCAUUUGGGAGAGUUACUCGGGCUUAUUUUUUUACGCGUGGAAGGAGGUGUUUUUUUUGUCGAGGGACACUGGACUCAUCUGUUCAUCUGUCCACUCCGCCGCACUAAUGGCUGUUGCAUUGCCGAAACUGAGCAGUGGUGGUGCUGUCCGCAUCCGCUUUACCAGCCUGGACGUGGGCACGACCAAAUGGAGAGAGGGCGUAUUUGAGGUCCACGAGAGAGACAACAAAAGCAAUCUGGUGUUGAAGUUUAGCAGUGGUGGCGCACCAAAACAUUUCCAGUUGAGCCACAAUGUGAAGAAUGUUGUUUUGGGGCCCAUCCACAGUCAAAACCGCUUGUCGUUGACACUGAAGGACUCAAGUGUUGUCAUUUUGGAAAGAUUGCCCAUCACGGUCGCCAAAAAACUGAAGGAAUAUCUGGAGAUGAUUAAACAAGGGAAGCAAACAGCUUAUAAGAGAAAUCAGGGAAGUGCCAGUUUUGGAUUAGUUCUUGGGAACCGAACACCACAGAAUGACCCAGGUUUAUCUUCAUCAGAAAAGCAGAUAACACCACGCAGGUCGAGUUUGGACAACAGAGAAGAGAACACACCACGAAAGCCUCUUGGGAGUCCAAGCAGAGUCACAUCAACACCUGUUCGUGGUGGACUAUCAGAAAACAGGAGUGAGAAAAGGAAAAGGUUGAUGAACUCUGAUACUGAUUUAACCGAGGACUACCCCAAAGAAAAUGACUCCUCUAGCAACAAUAAGGCAAUCUCAGACACUUCCCGGAAGUUUCUCCACAGUUACAAAGAAAAACAGAAGCAGUCCGAGGAGAACAGGGCUUCAGCUCCCCUUGGCUCUGCACCCCUUCAGCCAUCAUCCUUUUAUGGCAGUAGAACAGGAACUAAGGAUUACACACAAACACAUUCGCUACUGGACAGGCCUGCCAGUACAAACCAAUCACCUGCAGCUAAAAGAAGCCUGGUGUUGCCCAAUCACUCCACUCCCUUUAAGAAAGUCCGCUCAUCUCUGGAUUAUGGAGGAUGGAACAAGCUGAGGCCCUCUGCUCUUACUCAGCCUCAGCCUCCAUUACAAGGAUUCUCCAACCUGGGAAACACUUGCUACAUGAAUGCCAUACUGCAAUCACUGUUCAGCCUGCCGUCUUUUUCAAAUGAUCUGUUGAAACAGGGUAUUCAGUGGAAGCGGGUUCCUAUGAAUGCUCUUCUGAGGCGCUUUGCUCACUUGCUUUUGAAAAAAGACAUUUCGACUCCAGAGGUGAAGAAAGAUUUGCUGAGGAGGGUGAAGAAUGCCAUUUCCUCCACUGCAGAACGUUUUUCUGGGUACAUGCAAAAUGAUGCCCAUGAGUUCCUGAGCCAGUGUCUGGAUCAGCUAAAGGAAGAUGUGGAGAAGGUUAAUAAGAGCUGCAGGAUCGAUUCUUCAGCCUGGGAUGAGCCCCAGGGCACGCGACUUACAGAGGAAACGGAUACCUCACGCAUAUACACAUGUCCUGUUACUGUCAACAUGGAGUUUGAAGUGCAACACACAAUCGUUUGCAAAAGCUGUGGGGAGGUGAUAACAAAACGUGAACAGUUCAAUGACCUGUCAAUUGACCUGCCUCGCAAAAAGAAAACCCUUCCUCUAAGAUCCAUCCAGGAUUCACUGGAUCUUUUCUUCAGGAUGGAAGAAAUUGAAUAUUCGUGUGAGAAAUGUAAUGGGAAAUCUGCGAGUGUGGCACACAAAUUCAGCAGACUUCCCAGGGUGCUGAUUCUUCAUCUGAAACGGUACAGUUACAAUGCACAGCUGUCUCUGAACAGCAAGCUGGGGCAGCAGGUCCUAAUUCCAAAGUACCUCACUCUUCUCUCCCACUGCACAGAGAAUACGCGACCCCCUCUCAACCUGGGCUGGAGAGUCCAAACUGCCUUGUCUAGAACACUGAAAACGGCACAAUCUGUGAACAACUCUACGCUACGGAAAGGUUCAGUAAAGUGCGAAAACACGGGAAACAUCACAUGUGACUCGGACAGCGAAGAGGAAUUGAUUCGGAAAGUUAGCCACAAACGUCGUCUGAGUGAAUGUCUCACAGAUGAUGACAGGACAGAGGAGCUGCAGCAGAGUAGUCCCAUGGAUCAGUCAGAAUUCACAGGCAUGAACGAUGAUGAAAUGCUGGCUGCAGUUCUUGAGAUGAGUCGUCAAGAUGCUGGCCCCAGUAUCGAUGAUCCAACUAGCAGCCCUGACACGGGGUUUGGAGAUACAGAUGCUCAGGAGCUAACUCAGCAUUUGGAACUUCUGGAAGGAGACAAAACCUCUGGAGACAUGCUGGGCUCUUUGGACCUGACCAUGGAUGACAACAAAGAGAACCAGACUCCAGAUGGUGGCCAGGGGGAGUUGGACUGGGCGCAGCAGUACAGUUUGGACCAAGAGCGUGAGGAGCAGGAGUUACAGCAGGCCCUUGCUCAGAGUCUACAGGAACAUGAGGCAAGGGAGAUGAGGGAGGAGGAUGAUCUGAAGAGAGCAACAGAGCUCAGCUUGCAAGAGUUCAACAACUCUCUUCCUGAUCUGCUGUGCUCCGAUGAUGACUCGGGAAAUGAGGAUGCUCUAGAAAUGGAGUACAGUGAAGCAGAAGCUGAGGAGUUGAAAAGAAAUGCUGAGAGUGGAGAGCUUGCCAACUCCUUCAGGCUCAUCAGCGUCGUCAGUCACAUCGGCACCAGCUCAUCAUCGGGCCACUACAUAAGUGAUGUUUAUGACAUGAAGAAACAGUCUUGGCUCACCUACAAUGAUUUAGAUGUGUCCCGUACACAGGAGUCCACCAUUCAAAGAGACCGAGACAGGAGUGGAUACAUAUUCUUCUACAUGCACAAGAACGUGUUUGAGGAGUUGUCCGAGUUGGAGAAAGCAGGAGGAAGCACUGAUGCUAGCCGCACAGUUCUGCAACCUUUAUAAGUAGCUUUGUACAUCAGGCUUCAACUGGAGUCCUGUGCUGUGGCGAUGAACGGAUGAGCUUAGUCUAGGGUGGAAAUGACACCUCCGUCCAAUACUACUGAUCACCCCACACACACACACACACCUCUUUCAGGCACUUUCUUCUAUUUUUUUGUUUGUUUUCUUUUCCUUUCUGUGAGACUCUGUUUCUGUUUCUAGAGUGUCUGAUAUUAAUGUCCAUGUAGAUAUAAAGGUUUAUGGCAGAAGGUAAACAAAGUAAUUCAAAUUAAGAAACUAAGCAUUUUGGGUUACGGAAAGGUAUGACGUUUUUCUGUUUUGCCAUUUAUUUGCUGAAUAUUGCCUUCAAUAAAGUUCCUUUAGUGGAGAAGGAGACUUUAUGCAUUAAAUUCAGAGCAAAUGUCUGAGGGUCAGGAAGUUUGUCCCUCUUGAGCAGUUUCUUUUACAAGUUUUCCAAAAUUCUUUAUUGAAUCUAUUGAAUAUAAAGAUUUAUUCUUGUAUGUUUGAGUGAUGUUGGGAGUCUGUUUCAUGUUUUAUAUGCAGCUAAAAAUGUGGUGCAAUAUUUAAUUUGCCUGUUGGCUUUUAUAUGUCUGUCCUAUAGCGAUGAGUGAGUGGGAGGGGAGUACCAGUUUCUAUUCACAGCUUUACUGAUGACUGUUUAUUGCUAUUUUAAUCCUAUUUUAUAAAUACAAUACAAAAGUUAAAUGACUGUAGAUUUUUUUUUUCCUUUUAAGAAGAUACUCAUGGAGGAUUCUUUGGGACCCUCUGAUUAAUAGAGAUAUUUCUUGCCCCUUCUACAUAGAGCUUUCUGUUGUGGAUGUUGCACAGCUAGUUUGUGUAUGGUCUUUCCUCAGAAAGAAGAUGGAAACAAUGCUUAAGCCUUUAAGCUAUUCCUGUGAGGUCAGCACAUGUGAAUAUUUAUUUCAUGACCUUAUAAUUUACGCAAGUCCUUGUCUCUGGUUCUAUUGUCUCCUAUUUUACUAUGUUCAGUAACUUCAUCUCCAGAACAUGUACUUAAGCUUUCUGUUAUCUUAUGUGAUUUGCAUACUAACAAUAGUGACCUCUGUAUAUUUUUAAGGUAUGGUUCUCAUAAAAAGUGAUAAACUUUAGUUGUUCAGUCAUUGGCUUCCUCGAGCACAUUUUAAAAAUAAAAUUAAUUUAUAAAAGGAACACAAUUGUUUGUUAACUAAAUCACACUUUAGUAGCACAGUAUGUUGGAUGGAUGUGAUUGUCUUUUAAUCUUUGCUUUCAAGUCCAGUGUCUUCAAUGCAAGCUUUCCAAUGUCACCCGUCUCCUGUGCAUCUUUUUGUUAGAGGCUCAAGAUGACUGCCGGUUAGUCUGUUGAACUCCCGUAGGACGUAACUUUCUUUCCGAAACAUCUGUCAAUAGAACAAUUUAACAUGUAAAAUGUUGACCUUGUCAGACUCAUUUCUUGAAUUAUAGAACAGGCACUAGUUGUCAUGUUUUUCAGUGUGACCAAUUACUUUGUAACCUGCCAUUUAUGAUUCACUUGUACUACAGUGCUGUUGAAUAUUCAGUUCUAACAGCAGCUCUGACUGUAGUUCCAAGUAAGUUUGCAAGGCAAAUCACAGGUUAAUAUUAUGCUCACUCAUUUCUGUAGUAACAGCUCCUUCACGGGGAUAUGUAUGGUGCAUGGUCCACAUAAUCUACGGCUAUAAACAUCAAAUACGUGCUGUUAUUUAACCAAGAAAUGUGUAUAAUCAAUAGGAUAGUGUUCUGUAACAGUAAGUUUUCCCACCAUUAUUGUUUUCAGGCCAGCUGCCUUUUUGGUUUUUCAGUAAUAUGUAGGGUGUUUUUGGUCUUGGUAACUUGACCGUGUAUAGCUGCUAUAAUGUAAGUGAUGACAGGAGCUAACUCAUAUGUGGACAUUCCACAACAUUAAAUGUAACGGUUUUAAAAGCAUGACCUGUCAUUCAUUAAUAAAUUAAUUCGUUUUCCAUCUGCUUUUCCUGGUGCAGUUGUAGUAGUAGCAGGCUGACAAGG